AUCGCAGGGAGGGAGAGGCAGGGAGGAUCGCAGGGAGGGAGAGGCAGGGAGGAUCACAGGGAGAGGCAGGCAGGGAGGAGGUGGUGAAGAGAGAGAGAGAGUUUGAGCGCGGCGGGGAGGUUCAAGGGAGGUUCGAGUGAGAAAAGAGGGCGAUCAAGAGAGAGAGAGGGGAGAGAGAGCGGGGUAGGUUGCUGGGGGUGGUGAAGCAAUAGGGAAAGGCGAGCGGAAAGCGAGAGGAACGAAAGAGAAAGAGAGGAAACUCCGUUUCUGCUUCUCUCGGUUUAAUAAGAGAACUCCGUGUCGGUGUUUGGUAGCAAAACAACAACAACAACAACAUCCAAACAACCAACCACCACCACCACCACCACUACCUCCCCGUUUCUCAAUUCCACGUUUCCUCCUGGAGCCGUCGUGCGAGAGAGCAUCCCUGCCCAGCCCCCCUCCCAGCCCGGCCAAAUGGACGUGGGCCCCCCACCCCAGACAAUGUGGGCCCCCCACUCCUCUCUGCUGGACCUGGAACAGGGUGCUGACCCCCUUCCAUUCCCGGCCACCACAGCUGCCCAGCAGCCACCGUACGGAUUCUUCCCGCAUCAGCAGGAGCACGGCUACCCCAUUGAGGACGGAUUGUCAUCGCACAUAGCACGGAUGGCGAACGGGGCCUCUCCGCUCAGCGUCAUGUCCUCAUUCACCUGGCUGGACACCACUUCCUACCACCCUCACUACCUGCAACAACAACAACAACAGCAGCAGCAGCAACAUCAUCAUCAUCAUCAGCAGCAACAACAUCAUCAGCAGCAGCAGCCGUGGUCCCUCGCCCAAGGCGGUCACUCUCCGGACUCGAGCGGUGCGUCCUCGUCCCCCCGCGAGGGUGAGCGUCAGCCUGUCGCCAAGUCGUCGUCCUCGCCACCGCCGGCGCCGCCGUCGCUGUCCGCGUCGCCCGCCCCGCUGUCGUCCGAGCGCUCCCUCAGCCCCGGCAGUGACAACACCGACGGGACGCCGAGCCGGGCGGACUCGUCGCCCGCCGACUUCCGCCACCAUCACCACCACCACCACCACCAGCAGCAGCAGCAACAACAACAGCAGCAGCAUCACUAUGGGCUGCUCGCCCAGGGCCUGUAUGGAGGUGUGGAGCUGUACCACCACCACCACCACGACGUGUCGGCGGCGAUGGAGGCAGGGGGCCACGCGAAGGGCAAGGGCAAGGUCCGCCAGCCACCAGGAGAGCCGGCGCCCGCGUGCGGCGAGAGCCGCGAGUGCGUCAACUGCGGCGCCACGGCGACGCCGCUGUGGCGUCGCGACGCCAACGGGCACUACCUGUGCAACGCGUGCGGCCUCUACCACAAGACCAAUGGGCAGAACCGGCCCCUCAUCAAGCCCAAGAGGCGGCCGGCGAGCAGCUCGCGGCCGUCCACCACCUGCGCCAACUGCCAAACCGCCACCACGACCCUGUGGAGGCGCAACGGCAGCGGCGAGCCCGUGUGCAACGCGUGCGGCCUCUACUUCAAGCUGCACAACGUGAACCGCCCAAUCGCCAUGAAGAAGGAGGCCAUCCAAACGCGCAACCGCAAGAACUCGACGGGCGGCAAGGCCCGCCGGCGGCCUCGGAAGGGCCGGGCCGCCGCCAGCGACGAAGCCUCGGACGCGGCGCUACGGCGGCCUCCCUUCUUCCACGCCGCCCUCACGGCCUCCGCGCUGCCCCCGCACCUCCUGGGUAGCCACCACCACCACCAGCACCACCAGCACCAUCAGCACCAGCAGCACCACCAGCAGCAGCAGCAGCACCGGCUGCUCUCCCCGGCGUCGUUGGCGUUGGCGGUGCCGCACGGCAUAGCCGGCGGAGCGACGCUCACGUACCUCCCUCCGGAUGGCGUGGCGCUGUCCGUUCAGCACCAGCAGCAGCACCAGCAGCAGCAGCAGUUUCAACACUACCAGCAUCAUCAGCAGCAGCCUCUACGCCCGCACCCCUCCGGCAAUAUGCUGACCGCCAUGGGAUAAAUGCCGGCGCUGAGUGAUGUCGGUGGUGAUGGUGAUGGUGGUGAUGAUGAUGAUGAGGUUCGGUUGAAACAACUGCCAAACAAAAGGCCAUCGUGCGUACGUGCGUGCGUACGUGCGUGCGGUUACAUUUAAUAUAAUUUGUCAUCAAGGUGCGCCGUUGCGUUGCCUGGAGAGGGAUGCUGUUGGCUGGUAGUCUUUUCACGUCGGGGAGACGUGGCACAGUUUUGAUGGGCACAAUAUUGCGUGCAAAUCCAAUUUUUUUUUUAUUUUUUUAUUUUAUCGGAUGAGACUCUGUGAAGGUUCUGCAAAAACCGCAUUUGGACAACUGGAAGAGUAACCGUGUCGGGACCUGCGCCGGACGCUUUAAACGCAGGCCGCGAGUCUGCGUCACCGGAUUCCUGGGGUACAAGUUCCAAUAUUUUACCGGAAUUCUCAGUUCGCGCGUCCUUUAUUCAGCCAGGCGAGAGCAAAUUUAGAUUUUAUAAUAUAAAUAUAUAUACGUGUUUCUUCACUUUGCAAAAAUUAUAUUUGAUACCAUAGUUACGUGGGGUACCGGCUUUUACUCGUCGUCAAUUUUUUCCGUCGUGAGUUGUUUUUGUGCAGUUUUGACAAAGCGCCGAUGUUUAUUUUAAAGUUUUCCCGGCUGUGCCGUCAUCUCGUCGCGGCCUUUCCCCUGGGGGCUUCACGGCCCGCGCCGUCUCUCGAACGGUCGUUUGGCGCGUCGGACGGCGACCCUUUUGUAACGUUUUGCCCAAAGCGUACGUAUGUUUGAAGUUUUCGAUUUAAAGCUUUCGUGACUGCAGGGAUUCAUCUUCUUGCUUCUUUCGGUAAAGUCACGUAGAAGGGAAAUAAUAAAAAUAAAACAGAAUAAUGGACGCUA